GAAACAAACAGCAGAUGCACCGGUGUGUAGAUGGAGGAAUGUUAGCGCGGAGAACGGCUAUCCCACUGUGACCGCGUCGUGUUACGGCUUUAAUCAAAGGAACUGGGAGCAGAAAGCAGGAGCUUGAUGAAGCUGUAGUGGACUUCAUAGUGAAAGAUUCCCAGCCUUUCACUGUGGUGUCUGAUCCUGGCUUCCGUGCUCUGGUAGAUAAACUGGAUCCGACAUACACCCUUCCAUCAAGACAGGCAGUUAAAGCCAUGGUGGAGAGGAGAACUACAGCACCCGAGAGAAUGAAGUUCACAUGUGACCAGUGUGGAAAGAUGUGGCCAUCUUCUUCCAGACUCAAAGUUCACUACAGAACUCACACAGGAGAAAGACCGUACAGCUGUGACCAGUGUGGGAAUGAAUUCAAACAGGCUCGUGCACUCAAAGAACAUAUGAGAAUUCACACGGGAGAAAGGCCAUACAACUGUGACCAGUGUGGGAAAGCAUUUAACCGUGGUGAUUCACUCAAAUCACAUAUGAGAGUCCACACAGGAGAAAGGCCAUACAGCUGUGACCAGUGUGGGAAGGAAUUUAAAGACUCGGGUGCACUCAAAGUACAUAUGAGAAUCCACACGGGAGAAAGGCCAUACAGCUGUGACCAGUGUGGGAAAGCAUUUAACCGCGGUGAUGCACUAAAAGCACAUAUGAGAAUCCACACGGGAGAAAGGCCAUACAGCUGUGACCAGUGUGGGAAAGCAUGUAACCGCGGUGAUGCACUCAAAGUACAUAUGAGAAUCCACACGGGAGAAAGGCCAUACAGCUGUGACCAGUGUGGGAAUGAAUUUAAACAGGCUGGUUCACUCAAUAAACAUAUGAGAAUUCACACGGGAGAAAGGCCAUACAGCUGUGACCAGUGUGGGAAAGCAUUUAACCGCGGUGAUUCACUCAAAUCACAUAUGAGAAUCCACACAGGAGAAAGGCCAUACAGCUGUGACCAGUGUGGGAAGGAAUUUAAAGACUCGGGUGCACUCAAAGUACAUAUGAGAAUCCACAUGGAAGUAAGGCCAUACAGCUGUGACCAGUGUGGGAAGGCAUUUAAACAGUCUAGUGCAUUCAAAGAACAUAUGAGAAUCCACACGGGAGAAAGCCCCUACAGCUGUGACCAGUGUGGGAGAGCAUUUAACCGCGCUGAUACACUCAACGUACAUAUGAGAAUUCACACAGGAGAAAGGCCAUACGUAUGUGACAAGUGUGAGAAAGCGUUCUCUUCUUCAUCCGGUCUGAAUAAACACAUGAGAAUUCACAAGUGUUUUAAACUGUAUGAGUGUGGUCAGUGUGAAAAGGCUUUUAAAACAUCGCAGCAACGCUCCAGUCACUACCGAACACACACAGGAGACAAACCAUACGACUGUGAAGAGAGUGGGAAGGCUUUAAGAUCUGUGAGGAACCGUCUGAACCAAGUUUCCAGACUGAAGAGAAGAGCAGCAGCUGUGGCCAGUGUGGGAGGACAUGCUCAUCUGAAAGUGCACUGUCUUGAACACACUAAAGGAGACAGAGCUGCUGAGGCUGGAUCAUGUGAGGCUAAAGUCAGACUCAAAAAGCUGGAGAUCAGGCUUCAGAGACUCCAGACUGUGGAGUCGACCUCUGUAACUACAGCACCCGAGAGAAUGAAGUUCACAUGUGACCAGUGUGGAAAGAUGUUGCCAUCUGCUUCCAGUCUCAAAGUUCACUACAGAACUCACACAGGAGAGAAGCCAUUUAAAUGUGGCCUGUGUGGGAAGGAAUUUCAACAUUCUAGUAACCUGGAUCGACACAUGAGAAUCCACACGGGAGAAAGGCCAUACACCUGUGACCAGUGUGGGAAGGAAUUUCAACAUUCUGGUAACCUGGAUCGACACAUGAGAAUCCACACAGGAGAAAGGCCAUACACCUGUGACCAGUGUGGGACAGCAUUUAACCGCGGUGAUACACUAAAAGCACAUAUGAGAAUCCACACGGGAGAAAGGCCAUCCAGCUGUGACCAGUGUGGGAAUGAAUUUAAACAGGCUGGUGCACUCAAAUCACAUAUGAGAAUCCACACGGGAGAAAGACCAUACAGCUGUGACCAGUGUGGGACAGCAUUUAACCGCGGUGAUGCACUAAAAGCACAUAUGAGAAUCCACACGGGAGAAAGGCCAUACAGCUGUGACCAGUGUGGGAAUGAAUUUAAACAGGCUGGUGCACUCAAAGCACAUAUGAGAAUCCACACGGGAGAAAGGCCAUACAGCUGUGACCAGUGUGGGAAGGAAUUUAAAGACUCGCGUGCACUCAAAGUACAUAUGAGAAUCCACACGGGAGAAAGGCCAUACAGCUGUGACCAGUGUGGGAAGGAAUUUAAAGAAUCGGGUGCACUCAAAGUACAUAUGAGAAUCCACACGGGAGAAAGACCAUACAGCUGUGACCAGUGUGGGAAGGAAUUUAAAGAAUUGCGUGCACUCAAAGUACAUAUGAGAAUCCACACGGGAGAAAGGCCAUACAGCUGUGACCAGUGUGGGAAGGCAUUUAAACAGUCUAGUGCAUUCAAAGUACAUAUGAGAAUCCACACGGGAGAAAGCCCCUACAGCUGUGACCAGUGUGGGAGAGCAUUUAAACGCGCUGAUACACUCAACGUACAUAUGAGAAUCCACACAGGAGAAAAACCAUACGUAUGUGACCAGUGUGACAAAGCGUUCUUUUCUUCAUCCGGUCUGAAUAGACACAUGAGAAUUCACAAGUGUUUUAGACUGUAUGAGUGUGGUCAGUGUGAAAAGGCUUUUAAAACAUCGCAGCAACGCUCCAGUCACUACCGAACACACACAGGAGACAAACCAUACGACUGUGAAGAGAGUGGGAAGGCUUUAAGAUCUGUGAGGAACCGUCUGAACCAAGUUUCCAGACUGAAGAGAAGAGCAGCAGCUGUGACCAGUGUGGGAGGACAUGCUCAUCUGAAAGUGCACUGUCUUGAACACACUAAAGGAGACAGAGCUGCUGAGGCUGGAUCAUGUGAGGCUAAAGUCAGACUCAAAAAGCUGGAGAUCAGGCUUCAGAGACUCCAGACUGUGGAGUCGACCUCUGUAACUACAGCAUCCGAGAUAAUGAAGUUCACAUGUGACCAUUGUGGAAAGAUGUGGCCAAAUGCUUCCAGUCUCAAACUUCACUACAGAACUCACACAGGAGAGAAGCCAUUUAAAUGUGACCUGUGUGGGAAGGAGUUUCAACAUUCUGGUAACCUGGUUCGACACAUGAGAAUCCACACAGGAGAAAGGCCAUACAGCUGUGACCAGUGUGGGAAGGCAUUUAAAGACUCAUUUGCACGCAAAGUACAUAUGAGAAUCCACACAGGAGAAAGACCACACGGCUGUGACCAGUGUGGGAAUGAAUUUAAACAGUCUAGUGCACUCAAAGUACAUAUGAGAAUCCACACAGGAGAAAGGCCAUACAGCUGUGACCAGUGUGGGAAGGCAUUUAAAGACUCGAGUACACUCAAAGAACAUACGAGAAUCCACACAGGAAAAAGACCAUACAGCUGUGACCAGUGUGGGAAUGAAUUUAAACAGGUUGGUGCACUCAAACUACAUAUGAGAAUCCACACAGGCGAAAGCCCCUGCAGCUGUGACCAGUGUGGGAAAGCAUUUAAACGAGCUGAUGCACUCAAAGUACAUAUGAGAAUCCACACAGGAGAAAGGCCAUACACAUGUGACCAGUGUGGGAAGGCAUUUAAAGACUCGAGUACACUCAAAGUACAUAUGAGAAUCCACACAGGAGAAAGGCCAUACAGCUGUGACCAGUGUGAGAAAGCGUUCUCUAUUUCAUCCAAUCUGAAUAGUCACAUGAGAAUUCAUAAUUGUUCUACACUGUAUGAGUGUGGUCAGUGUGAAAAGGCUUUUAAAACAUCGCAGCAACGCUCCAGUCACUACCGAACACACACAGGAGACAAACCAUACGACUGUGAAGAGAGUGGGAAGGCUUUAAGAUCUGUGAGGAACCGUCUGAACCAAGUUUCCAGACUGAAGAGAAAAGCAGCAGCUGUGACCAGUGUGGGAGGACCUGCUCAUCUGAAAGUGCACUGUCUUGAACACACUAAAGGAGACAGAGCUGCUGAGGCUGGAUCAUGUGAGGCUAAAGUCAGACUCAAAAAGCUGGAGAUCAGGCUUCAGAGACUCCAGACUGUGGAGUCGACCUCUGUGUAGAGUCAAAAACCAUAAGUGAAAAAAUCUUAAUCUUAACAUA